CAAUUUUAUAAUAGAUGACGUUGGUAUUCCUGGUAUAAUCUUUUUUUGCGUUAUAUGUUGACACGUUGAUGUUCCGGCUGGAUACAGAUGGUUUAAAAAGUGAAUAAUUAUAACUAGCCGAUACAGAAUAUCUUUAAGCGAAAGUAAACGAAUUUUAAAAAGAAUACCAUUGAAUUUAUAGCAAUUGACAGGAAUUAAAUAUACAUAUUUUCAUAAUGAAGCUAAAAAAUAUAGGAAAUAGAUUAAAGGAUGAAAAUUUAGAUCUUAGUUUAUGUGACCUGGAUGAAGUGCCUGUGGAAGAAAUUGCAACUGUUAGAAAACUGACAUAUUUAGACUUAUCUAAUAAUUUCUUAGUUACAUUACCAAAUAAUUUUGUCAUACUUAAACAAAUAUUAAAGUUAGAUCUAAGUAAAAAUAUGUUAACGGAAAUUCCUGAGAACUUUGGUGAAAUGACGCAAUUAAAAUAUUUGGAUCUGUAUGCUAAUCAGAUAAGCCGUUUACCUUUGAGCCUCAGUGAAUUGAAGAAUCUAAGAUGGCUGGAUUUAAAAGAAAAUCCAUUAACACCUUCUGUUGCAAGUAUUGCUGGCCCAUGUAAUAAUGCAGAAGAGUGUAAAAAUUGUGCUCGUAAUGUUGUAGAAUAUUUAAAUAAUGUCAAACGUUCCGUAGAAGAGGAAAAGUUACGUAGACUUAAUGCUAAGUUAAAUAAGAUGUCAGUAGUUGCUAAUAAAGAUAAUGAUAAUGAUACAACAAAAAAAGAAUCAAAAAAGAAAAAAAAGAAGAAACAGACGGACAAAGAAGUUGAAAAGAAUUUGAAUAAGAAUAAAUUAGAAGUGGAAUGUAAAGUGUCUGAAAAUAUAGAGGAUAAGAUUGAUAGUUCAAAAGAAACAUUUAAUGAGCAAAACCAAAAGCAUUGCAUUUCUGCUGCACUAUGUAGGAUACUUACUUCAUUAUUCCUAUGGACAGUCAUAUUUGGCAUUGCCUUUGGCUCUUUGAUAAUAAUCCUUCCUCUAUAUAAUAAAGAACUAUCAUAUACAAUUAUGGAUUAUAUAGAAAAGCACACAGGUGUAUUUCUGAAAACUUAUCAAAGAUAUCGACUACACUAUAUAACCGAAAAUGGUGACGAUAUUAUGGUGAUAGAUUUGAAUUCUUCAAAAUCAAAUGAUAAAUCUUAUCAGAAUAUUUCCGAAUGCGUUCGUAGACAUCGAGAUGCAAUAGAGUUUGCCAAUCUUUUGGAAUCCUAUUAUUCUACGUCCCUUUUUCUCCAAGCAGGAUUCAACAUGAUUGAACUAAGUAUCACAGUCUUUCAGGCUACGAUAAGUGUGAACGAAACUAAAGAGCUUUUUCAACAAGUGUCUGUCUGUUACUCAACAUUAACUCACAUCUUGUUUCAAUGUGUAAACGGGCAACGUGUUAUUGAUCACAGCGAUCAAAUGCACGAGCAUCUAAUAAAUAUGAAGUGGUAUCAUACAUCAUUACGCACAAGAAAAGUGAUUUAUCUCAUGCUAAUUAGAUCACGAGUAUAUUGUGUGCUAACUGCUGCAAAAAUGUUUAACAUGUCUAUGGAAACAUUCAGUACUAUUGUACGCACGUCAAUAUCAUAUUUCACCGUUUUACGCUCAGCUUAAUAAUUUCGUAAAUGA